AUGAACGAUCUACCCACGGAACAGUUUGGGAACACCUUGUCCUCGGAGGCGGUCACGAGCUCAACCGUCCUCCCUGGAUACAACGUCCCCGUCAUGGAACAUCCUACUUCAAGUACCGCAGAGAACACAGUUACCUCGUCUCUUAGCCCCAUUUCCAUCAACAAUGAUGUCGGUGUUGAGAAAUCGAGCGUCUAUAUCAACCAGAUUAAAGAGCCUUUAGGAAACCUAACGAACCAGACUAUGCAAAUAGCGCUCUUGGGGGAGCCUGGAACCAAGCAAGAGAUAUCAGAACUUCGCGAACAAAUUCGUGGACAAGACCUAAAGCAUAAGGAAGGUCUCAUCGAAAUUCAGAACAUUCUGGACGAGAUUCUGGACCGUCAAGUCCAAGAAACCAUGCGAGAAAAGGUGGAGCAAGAGAUCACAAAUCAGAUAGACGAAUUGGUUAGAGAGCAAGUCGCGGAGUGUCUCAAGGCGCAUAUUCCUCAGGAGCUUCAAGACGAGGUUGCAAUGAGUAAGAAGGAACUCGAAGAAUUGAAUCUUCGCUUGCAUAAUUCCGAGAGCCGCCGCACAAACGGGAAUUUGCGUCACAAUAAAACGGAUGACCUUCUUGCUACUAUGCUGAAGGCGGACGGGACUGUCAGUGCACAAUACCCGAAGGAUCUCAAAGAACUUUUCCAGCUCGACGGAGAUACAACCAAGGCUCUGAUGAAUGAAUACGAAUUGCCGGAGCCCACCACAUCUAGAGAUCACAACCUUAAUAGAUUCAUGCAAUUCUGUGGUGUUAGAUACCAGCUGGUGACACGAGUCCCUUCCUAUGUUUUCUAUCAUGACUGA